AUGGCACCACGCCAGUCAGGCAGCCCUAAGCCCGCUGCCACCAAACAGUCUACAGGCGUCACUAAGCUUAAGUCGUCCUCAAACAAUGGGUGUGGACCCCGAGCGCAACGUCAGCGACGCCAUGGCCAUGCUAUCGUCCCUUCUCCCAGCGUGAUCGAGGAGGAGCAGAAGCCGAACCUCAGCGCCGGAUCCGACGACGAUACAGAGUCUGUACUCUCACCCUUGGACGACUUCUCUCCAGUCGGCGACGAGCUGCAUGUGCCGGAGAAGCGUGACGGCGUCUCCGCAUGGACGAUUGUGCCGACAUACCAGGCGAAAAAGUCGAUGUCGCCAACACCCAAGCCUCACACCCCCUUGGCGGAGGGUGUGCCCGGGACCGAGGACCUCAUCACGCGUGUGCCGGGCCAGAAGGCUGUCGCGGUCGUCACUCCCAACGAGAAGCACUCGAAGAACAACAUGGCGAAUUGGCGGUCCCUCGACCUCGUGCAGGAUCGACCACGCAUCGAUGAAGAGGCCGAGUCCAGCGAGGACGAGUGGCUGGACAAGUACAACAAGAAGUCCGUCGUCGCGAAACCAAAGCGCAAGGAUCAUGUAUGAGUGGGCUUGUUGCAUACCAUCAGGCUUCAAGGGAUAAAUCCAGGGAGAUAAUCUUGCUAGCACCUUGCACUGGCAUCGCUCGGGUGGCAUGCGCUUCCAGGUGCGAUAUAGAUCGGAAUAACCAUACCCGGAGACUCAUACGAGUUUGGGAGGUAUGUGGUUGUCUCAUGCUAUGUCUGUGAUUGACUCCGUCUGCCUAUCCCGCGAGACGAUAUCGAGGCGCGAACACUCUGUCUUGUUUGGUAUUAUGUAACUAGUUGCACGCCGUAGCACAUACAGCUCGUGUUAUGAAUUGCUGUUGCAUCUUUUGACUCCACACCAUUUAGGUUGCAGCUGCUGGGGAUAGAGCGAGG